CUAGUAAGGAAGCACAUGACAUCGCUUUUGAUUGAAUUGGCACCUGAUCAGCCCAGCUUUGAACCCAGUAAAAAUAAAUUAUUAGUAGAAGAUUUUCGGGAACUGCUGUCCACUGUUAAAAUGAUGGGACUCUUCAAGCCAAACCAAUUCUUCUUUUUCCUGACCUUGCUCCAUAUUUUACUGCUGGAUGCUGCUGGCUGGUUUGUGUUGUGGUAUUUUGGGAUAUCUACAACAUCAUUUCUUAUUGCCACAGUGUUGCUGACCGUUUCUCAGUCUCAAGCAGGCUAUCUACAACAUGAUUUGGGACAUCUUUCAGUCUUCAGUAAUCCAAAAUGGAACCACCUUUUUCAUGAAUUUGUGAUGUGCCAUUUAAAGGGAGUUUCAGCUAAUUGGUGGACUUUGCACCAUUCCCAGCAUCACGCUAAACCCAACUGUUUCCAGAAGGACCCAGACAUUUCAUUUCAUCCUGUUCUUAUGUCAUUAGGGGAACCUCUUUCUCUGGAGUUGGGUUUGCAGAAAAAGAAAUACAUGCCUUAUAACUAUCAGCACAAGUAUUUUUUCUUCAGUGAGGACAGGGGGACAAGAAGUAACACCUUGGGCGGCCAAGAGGAAUGGGGGAUUCCUUGGGGCCGGAGGCUUCUCCUUCACACCGGCGGCAGCAAGAUGGCAGCCAUGGUGGUUGUCCUGAAACUGCGGCAACCGGGAACAAGGAUUUUUCCCACUAUUCUACUUAACAGCUUAUUUGUGUAUAGUUUCACUUUGCCUCAUUUGCCUGACUUUGCUUCAUUUCUGUCUCUUAGUGUUCUGGAGAGUAUCCUAUUUACAUGGAUAACACAGAUGAGUCAUCUUCCUAUGUACAUUGAUCAUGAUAAAAACAUGGAUUGGUUCUCUACACAGCUCCAGGCAACAUGCAAUGUGAAUCAAUCUUUUUUCAAUGACUGGGUAACGGGGCACCUGAAUUUUCAAAUUGAGCACCAUCUCUUCCCUACGAUGCCUCGGCACAACUUUUGGAAGGUGGCUCCUUUGGUGAAAUCCAUGUGUGCCAAGCACGGUAUUGAAUAUCAAUCAAAAGCCCUGUUCACUGGCUUGGCUGACAUUGUGCAUUCCUUGAAGGUUGCAGGUGAAAUCUGGUUCAAAGCAUAUCAUCUUGAAUAGAAAACACAAAAUCCUAAAAUCUGCCUUCAACAAGGGAAGAAGGGUGAAGAGACAAGAUAGAUCUGAGAGGGACCUGACAGGCUUCAGGCAUAGAAAACUUAAAGUAAUUUGUAAAUGAAACAGAAUGCUGGAGAGCCUCAGCUCAACUUUUGGCAUGUUUCCUAAUGAAUAUAAGCAUUGCAAGCAACACUUUUUUCCCCUUUUCUGCUUCUGGGUCUUGGAUGUAUCAUAAAUAAAUAAAGUUUCUUAAUACUUUUCAUUGAA